AGCCAGUGUCUUGGGCCCGAGCCAGCGUCCCGCUCCAGCGUCCCGCUGAGCUUCGAACCACUCUUUUUCGAGAUCAUGGCUCGACCAGGACACCUGAUUUUGCUGGCCGCGGCUGCGCUCCUAGGACUCAGAUAUUGCUUCUUGGCCAGCCCUGAGCAGCUUCCAAAGGCCAAGUCGGGCGUAGACUUCAAUCCGGCGGUGGCGGCCUCCGCGGCCCUUCCGGCGCUCACCAUGCUGGCGGAGGACGCUGAGGCCAAGUAUGGUGACAACCGCAAGUGGUCCGCCGUCCUGGUGCCGUUGACCACCUUGGUCUUCCCUAUCACCGCCUUUGGCGUCUUUGUCCUCUACUCCUUUACCGAGGAUGCCUUCUGGCGAUCCCCUGCCAACCCUGGCACGCCCAAAGCCAAAGCAGCGGAGAAGGCCUGGAGAGAGCAUCCUUUGUUCGCCGACAUCAAGGAUCCCAUGUUCGGCCUCCUGAACCCUGAUGAUUACGAGAAAGGCUUGGAAGAGGCCUGGGAGCGUGCAAAGCCUGCGGGCAGCACCGUGACCGUGAAGGAGAAGUUGGCGAAGCUCUCGAAGCAGAACGCGCCACACUGGGAGACUUGGAACAAGGUUUCCUCCGCCUAGACCGAGGUGUGCCCUUCGCCCUCCCGCUGAGCCCUCCGCGCGGCCGACUCGCGCGUUUUUAGAAAAUUCGGCUCCAGG